AUGGAGGCGGCGAGCUGGUCUGAGACCCGGCGAGCCCUGGACGAAGGCUUCGGCCGGAUCGAGGACUUGAUCGACGAUUACUUCCCGGGCUACUCCGCCUUCGCCGCCCAAAGCAUUGAGGCCGAUCGCGAGGCGCGCCGGCAAGCGGGGGCCGACAUCGCGCCAGAUGCAAACGGGACCCUUGAGGAGCAGCUCCUGGCUGUCCAGGUGUGGAUGGUUGGGGAGGACGGCGAGGACCUCAAGAACCAUAGGGAGCUCCUACCUCUCUCCAAGCUCCAAGAGAUUGGUGUGUUAUAUUGGCAUUUGGACCCAAAGAGGCCUGAAAGCGAACAAGAGCUAGCGAAGAUCCGCAAAGACAGAGGAUAUAACUACAUGGAUCACCUCGAUAUAUGCCCUGGAAAGUUAGCAGACUUUGAGGAGAAGCUCAAGAACUUCUUCACAGAGCACAUGCAUGCCGACGAAGAGAUCCGCUAUAGCUUGGAAGGCGGCGAGUACUUUGAUGUGCGCGACAAGGAUGACAAGUGGGUUCGGAUCUGGAUAAAAGAAGGGGAUAUCAUCGUGCUGCCGGCUGGAAUUUAUCAUCGGUUCACCCUCGACGCCGCCAACCAUGUGAAGCUCAUGAAGCUCUUCCUAGGAGAACCAGUGUGGACAACGCACAACCGGCCUCAGGAGGACCAUCCGGUGUGGCAAGAGUAUGUGAAGAGGCUAACGGACGACAAUGCUGGUCUUGCUCUGGCAGCACACUGAAGUUUGUUUGUGAUUCCUCAGCUAUGUAUUAUAAACACCCAUGCAUGGACAUAUACAUACACUUGGAUGAAACUAUGUUGUAAUCUUGAAUAUGCAGGUGGCCUCGCUGGCGCACCAUGGACGUCUCCGCUGCUGGCAAACGGCAAAAAAAGGAUUGGCCGAUCCAGUCGAGCAAGCUGUGGAAGAACAACUCGACUUAUGUAUGCUUUUUUAUCUAAUAUGGCUUAUUGUACCGCCGCCGCUGUUUUCGGUUUUUUGCUCACAUGCACUGUAUUUGUUGGAUGUAAUUCCUGAGAACUAGCCUAGGAAU